CUAACGCUACUGCCAUCUAACGAAUAACGCUUCAAGUAUACUCGCUCUGUAUUCGAGCUCUGAUUGGUUGACGGCUACGAAUCAGAUUACGUUGUUCAUUAAAGCGGGAAUUACUUUAAUGCAUAAUAUGAAUGCUAUUGGAUGCUAUUUUCAGCCAAUACGAGGACGCAUUCGUACUUCGAAUUUUACCAACCGCCAACGUUAUAAAAGUAUUUGAACGCAGCCCUCUUGUAGUGCUUUGCAGGACUUAGAUAAAAUAGUUUUAACAAUGAGCAUUGAUACUGAGUCUGUUAAAAACAUUGCUAAACAUUUAAAAGAAAUUGCUGAGAACGUACGAAUAGAACGUAUUAAAGAUCUCACUCAUAGUACGCAAAUAAAUUCGACGGAUUUCAAUAAGACAGAAGAUUUGUAUGUUAGUAACAAUGCGGAUGAGCAAUUGAUUCUGCUUAAGACUAAAUCAUCAGAGAUACAUGAUAAGUGCAGCGAUUUAUUACAUCAAAUUAAUUCCAUAACAAUUAUGCAAGAAAAGGCUUUGAUGGUAUUGGAAAGUAAUCAUAAGAGACACAAAAUGUUUGAUGGACAAAUGGAAAUCUGUCGACAAGCUUAUGAUUCCUUGAAAUCUGAUAUAGUCAAGAAAAAUCGUAAUAAAAUUAUGCCAAACGGUUGUGCUUUUGAAAAACUGGCGGAAUUAAUAGGAAAACGGGAUAAACUUAACGAGAAGCUUGCAUCCCUAAGGAAAACAAUACGCGAGGAUUCGUCAAGAUUAACUGAGGUCAAUGAGCAGAUAUUCCAGCAAAGCAAAGAGAAUAAAUUAUUGCUGAAGAAUCUGCGCAGCCAGCUCAAGAAUUUGGAAGUACAGCGCAAAGAUGCUGCUACUAAACUGGAGCAGCUUCAGAAGGUAGAUACUAAUGUUUAA